UUGGGUUGGGGCUUGAGUUGGGUUGACAGGAGGGGGCUGAGUUGGGUUGGGGGGUUGAGUUGGGUUGACAGGAGAGGCUUGAGUCAGGUUGACAGGAGAGGAUUGGAUUGAGUUGGGUUGACAGGAGGGGGUUGUUGGGUUGACAGGGGUCUGGGUUGAAUUGGGUUUGGGGGUUUGCCCCACCGGAUGGGCACCAUCUCGGGGUGAAUCUGUUCCACCCAGAAGGAAGUUCCAAGCGACGGAGAGGCGACCACCCCCUACUCAGAAGGAGCAAGAGGCAACAGCAGGUUGCCAUGGCAAUGCUUGGAGGGAACGCAACAUCCUUUCCGAUGAGUAAUCACACAAGGGAGAGGGUUACCGUUGCCAAAUUAACACUGGAAAAUUUCUACAGUAACCUGAUCACACAGCAUGAAGAGAGAGAAAUGAGGCAAGUCCAGCUGGAAAAAGCAAUGGAGCAGGAAGGACUGGCUGACGAGGACAAACAAAUGCGGAGAACACAGCAUGCACAGAAGGAGACAGAAUUCCUCCGCCUCAAGAGGACCAGGCUGGGUCUGGAUGACUUUGAAUCUCUGAAGGUUAUUGGAAGAGGCGCCUUUGGAGAGGUCCGUCUUGUACAGAAGAAGGACACUGGGCACAUUUACGCCAUGAAGAUCCUUCGCAAGGCAGAUAUGUUGGAAAAGGAGCAGGUAGCUCACAUUCGGGCGGAGAGGGACAUCCUGGUGGAGGCAGAUGGAGCCUGGGUGGUCAAAAUGUUCUACAGCUUUCAGGACAAGAGGAACCUGUACUUAAUCAUGGAAUUUCUGCCCGGAGGUGACAUGAUGACGUUACUGAUGAAGAAGGAUACGCUGUCUGAAGAGGAGACCCAGUUUUACAUCGCAGAGACGGUGUUGGCUAUUGACUGCAUCCAUCAGCUGGGUUUCAUUCACAGAGACAUUAAACCCGACAACCUCCUGUUAGACAGCCGGGGACACGUGAAACUCUCAGACUUUGGUCUCUGCACAGGACUGAAGAAGGCUCACCGGACCGAGUUCUACCGGAACCUCACCCGCAGCCCACCCAGUAACUUCACCUUUCAGGACAUGAACUCAAAACGAAAAGCAGAGACUUGGAAGAGGAACAGACGGCAGCUGGCCUAUUCCACAGUUGGCACCCCUGAUUACAUCGCUCCAGAGGUAUUCAUGCAGAACGGAUAUAACAAGCUCUGCGAUUGGUGGUCCUUGGGGGUCAUCAUGUACGAAAUGCUGAUAGGCUACCCCCCCUUCUGCUCGGAGACCCCUCAAGAGACUUACCGCAAAGUGAUGAACUGGAAGGAAACUCUGACGUUCCCUCCGGAGGUUCCAAUCUCCGAGAGAUCGAGGGAUCUGAUUCUGAGAUUUUGUUGUGGAGAUGGUGACCGAAUCGGUGCUGGUGGUGUGGAGGAAAUUAAAAACCACCGGUUCUUCGAAGGAAUAGACUGGGAGCACACCAGAGAACGCCCAGCAGCAAUUCCAAUCGAAAUACGAAGCAUCGACGACACUUCCAACUUUGAUGAGUUUCCUGAUUCUGACAUCCUGCAGCCAGUGCCAAAUGAGGCUGAAUCUGAUUAUAAAUCUAAGGAUUGGGUCUUCAUCAACUACACGUACAAGAGGUUCGAAGGUCUGACUGCCCGCGGAACCAUCCCAUCUUACAUGAAGUCAGAGAAGCUUUGAAGAUGCUGUGAUGUGCCAGGGAUCUACAGUAACCCAUCGCUUGCCCUCCUGAAGAGUUCCUACUUCACGUUCAGAAUAUCCAAGUCGAUGAAAAUUCCCCUGGGUUAGGAGUUCCUGCCCCAUCAGAAUAAUUGUACUUGGGAUAGCCAAGGCUAAGCCACACUCCGUUCCUGGAUUCUCCCCCUCUGCGUGUCCUUGGGGUGAGACCGGCAGAUUUGCCACUUGCCUGUCUGUUUGGUCUUUCAAUGCUGGGGUCCCAUGGGUGAAAUGAUCCAAUUAUGCCACUGUGUAACUGAGCGAGACGGGAUUAUUUACAGAGAAUUGGGUCUGAAUUGAGAGGUAGAUGCCACAAGCCCAUUCCGGGACAUUAGAAGAUUAUAGGCUGCUCCCUGUGGCACCAGAGGUUGAUUUAGGGUCACACUCUCACCUAUGAGUCAGAAGCAUGUGUCCUUGAGCCCUACUCCACAGACGUGAGGACAAUACAGGCUGACCCUCCACUGCAGUACAGAGGGAAUGCUGCACUGUCAGAGUUACCAGGUGGGAUAUUAAACCAAGGUCAUUUUACUGUCUUGGUGGGAUUACUCAAAGACAAGCAAGGCAGUUCUCCCUAGUGUGCUGGGCUUGAGCAAGGUCACCAUUAAGCAGAGGAUCUGAUCAAUAACAACUUUUGUUUGUGGGAUCUUGCUAUGUAUAAAUUGUCACCUGCGUGUUUUUGUCUCCCCUAAAACUUACGACAGUAGCUAUACUACACAGAGGUCGGUUAGGUCCUCUGGAAUGUCCUAAGUUGGUGCUGUAGAAAUAAGUCUUGUGUAUUGUAUCCACCGGUCCCAUCCCCAGCACUGCCAAGUGCAAGUUCUUUUAGUACUCAAGUUGCCAACUGCUGUGUUUCUGUGAUCACAGUUGGGAGUUCAAGUCCCACUGUGGACAGCAGAUGAAGGAAUUCCUCAAUGCCAAUUCUGUUAACUACCAGAGCUAACUUAAACUUCAAUGAAACAGUCACUGUGGUGGUUGUGAGAGGGAUGGGGAACUGAUGAACGAGCUUGCCUGUUGGUUCCUUGGGGCUUUGGAUUUCAAUAGUUUCCAUUAUUGUGUAUGACAUGGGGCCACGUCAGUAUGUAGAAUGUACAAGGUGCUGCCGACUAUCCAUGCUCAAGUCUCAGUUGGCUAUUUACCACGCUGUAGUUUGGCAUUUCCACAGCUGGGCCAUUGUGUGGCAUUUCGUUUUAUAUUUUAAAAAAUACCAAAGAUUCUUUCUUGUUGAUGUCAGGUUCUGUUUGAGCAACUUUGUCUUAUGACCCUUUAGAAUAUUCUGUACUGAAAUGUUGUACAUGUUUUUUUUUAAGAAAAGCUAUAGUA